AUGUUCGCAGCAGUUAACAAGAGACUGUUAGCCAGAUUAACUCCAUCCAGUGCAAGACUUUUUUCUGCGUCCGCUGCCAGAUCUAAUGUCAUCCAAGAUCUAUACUUGAAAGAAUUGAAAAGUGUUAAGGUCAAGCCAAUGACAACUGAAGAUGCUCAGGGAUCUGUCAGGCCUUGGUCCCCUCCUAAUAAACCUCAAGUUCCAGACUUUGAACUUAACAGUUCCGCUGCGGACUUGAAUGCAUACAAAGAGCAAGAGGUUGAAACGGUCGUUGAAGAAAACGCCGAAGCCGCUAACGUCGAACAAGGUGACUGGUUAGUUCUGGAUGAGGCUGAGCAGCAAGAAGAAAACCAUCAUGGACACUGA